CAAUGGCAUCAGCUGAUGAUGAAGUUGCCCAUGAGUUCAGAUUCUUCAGGGUGUACAAAGAUGGCCGCAUCCACAUGUUAAUGCCGACCUGGGAAACAAUCCCACCAUUUGAUGACCCUGCCACCGGAGUCAAAUCCAAAGAUGUAACCAUCUCGACCGAACCCCCUGUAUCCGUCCGUAUUUUCUUACCAAAACUCCAAAGCCCUACUCAGAAACUCCCUCUCUUAUUUUACAUUCAUGGAGGCGGUUUCUCCAUGAUGUCUGCCUUUUCCCCUCCCUACCACAAUUACUGUGCUGCUCUAGCAGCUGAAGCUAACUUCCUCGUCGUCUCCGUAGAGUACGGUCUCUUCCCAACCCGACCCAUACCCGCAUGCUAUGAAGAUUCGUGGGCAGCGCUUCAAUGGGUGACGUCUCACGUGAAUCGAAACGGACCAGAGCAGUGGUUGAAUGAACAUGCUGAUUUUGAGAAAGUUUUUAUAGGUGGGGACAGUGCAGGGGGUAACAUAUCGCAUACUUUGGCGUUUCGGGUGGGGACAAUCGGGUUACCCGCCGGAGUAAAGGUGGUUGGGGUGAUUCUGGUACACCCAUAUUUCGGCGGUACUGAAGACGAUGAAAUGUGGCUGUGCAUGUGUCCAGACAACAGGGGCAUGGAUGAUCCGAGGAUGAACCCGCCUGUGGAGGAUGUUGGGAGGCUUGGGUGCGAGAAAGUGUUGAUCUUUGUAGCUGAGAAAGACCAUUUGAACAUUGUGGGCAAAAACUACAGUGAGAAGUUGGAGAAGAGUGGAUGGAAAGGAAGCUUUGAACUUGUCGAAAACGAAAAUGAAGAGCAUUGCUUUCACAUUCGUUAUCCCAACCAUGACAAGGCUGGGGAGUUGAACAGAAAGUUAGUUUCCUUUCUAAAACAAGAGUGAUUUGGUUCCAUUCUAUGAGGCUAUUUAUGAUCUUGGCAAUGUAUGAGCUUCACUGAUUCAAAGCAUUAGUUUGUUAUUGAAUCUAGAUAAUGAGAAGAAUAGCUAGCUAGCACCUAUGUAAUUACCGUUGAGCUGUUAAUGCUCACUUUAAGAAGGUUAACUACCAGUUAUAAAAUCUUUGUUUUCCCCUGCUCCA